AUGCACCUCACAUUCCGCUCCACGGACGUCACCAACGCCACUCUAGCCACCCCCGACGCGCACGCGACGUUCAGAGUUGAGAGCCACCGCAUGUCGCCCGUGAGCCGCACGUCAACGGUCCACAAGACGUACCCCGCUGCGGAUGGCGGGAUGCAGGUCGGCGUGCUCGCGCGGAUCGACUGGCAUUGUCGCCCGAGGCCUGAUGUCCUCCAUUUUGACGGCAACGCGGUGAACUCAGACGUGUUAUUCAGAAAUGAUGGGUUUAGGAAGAGACAGUUCACAUUUACUGGACCGGAUGGGAGACCGUACAAGUGGCAUGCAGAUCCCGAUACCGUCCGGCUGGACGCUUACGACGGUGCAACCCUCGCGACCGGCCACGGCGCCGCUCACGGUCCCUUUGGCGUGCGAGAUGGCACGCUUUCGAUCAACCCGGCGGCGUACCAGAUGAUCGACACGAUCGUCAUGACUUUCGUCUACGUCGAGGGUAUCAUAGAGAAGCGGGAGAGGGGCGGCGCGCCGCCGCCUCCCGUUUGUUGAGCGCUGGUUACAGAAGCUGUUUUGGAC